CUUCUUUCUUCAUAAAGAAAUGGAAAACAAUAAAGAAGGGAUGGGUGGGAGAUUCCUUGGCUUCAGCCUUGAGGGCUGCCUCAACGACUUAAAAUCUUUUUGCAGGUAAUGGGCUUAAAAAAUGGGCUACAGUUACAUCACGAUCAAACCCUUAACUAAUCCACUUGUUUUCUGUGUAUGAUGUAUACGUUAAACAUACACAUUCUAAUCCGAAAAUUUUAAUACUUCUAACUAUCGGAUUUGUAAAACCUUAACUAAAAGAUUCAAAUUUGGCAUCAAAAGAUAAACCCCAGCUCGGAAAUUUCACAUCAAUGGCUUCAGACCACGGCGGCGAUGGUGGCAAUGUUAAUUUCCCUCCCCUGCUACGUACGUUAGCGAAAGGGGCAGCUGUAACCCUAGGUGGGAUCUUCACCAUCAGCAUGAUCUCCACCACUGCAAUUACAUUACUCACACAACACAAACAGAAUCAAUUUGGUUCGCCAUCGUCGUCAUCGUCUAUGAAGAAAAAGAAUACAAGUUCAUGCGAUGUAUGUAGAGGGAAAGGGUUUUACAUGUGUAAAUUGUGCAAAGGGAAUGCUACAAUAGAGUGGUCUCCAUUGUAUGAUCCUGUGUUCAUAAAUCCUUGUAUUUGCCCUACUUGUGAUGCCCAUAGGAUUCAACGAUGUCUUAAUUGUUUGGGGAGUGGAUACGUUCAUGAUUCAUCAAGCUAAAGUUACAAAUGAUUGGUUUUCCUUUUGAUCCAUAUACAAUAAGUUCUUGUACCCAUGAUAGAAGUCAAUAUUUGACUUUUGAUUGUGGAAUGAGUUUGUUUUUAAAGAUAUGUUUGUGAUAAACUACAAAAUUAUAAAAAUCUACACUCAUUUAGGAUGUUUGACUUCAAAAGUCAAAGAAUGCAUACAAAAUUUUGCAGGAUAAUUUGGAAGGUCUUCUAUGUUAUUGUGGAACCAAUUGGGCCUUCAAAGAUCCUCUUGUGCAAUGUUAUAGGAGUUUUGGCUCUUUAAAGAUUUGAGAGAGAUUAAAUUGCUUGUAUAUAUUUAUUAUAAUUAUGUUUAAUAAAAUUAACUUGAUUGGAGACAACAAAUAGAAUCGAACGUUAAUGAGC